AAGCAAAAAAUAAUUCUAGUCUCGAAAAAUUAAAAAAAAUAGAAAGACAUAUUUUUAGUGUUUGUGGGUAUCGCUCUUCUUUUAGUUCUCUUUAUUCAUUAGUUCAUGGAUGAUUUUUCCUGUAUUUUGAUUUCAGUUUGCUAAAUUUGAGGCUUUCUUUCCUUUUAUUCCAUCACAUAUUCUUCUUCUUCUCCUCUCUUUCUCUCUGGUUUUGGGUUCUAAAAAGUUUCUCACUUUUCCAAUUAUGGCUUUCAAUUUUUAGAGUUGAAGGGAAAGACUGCAGAAACCAAAACUUAAACUGUCAUUACUUUCAAGUGCUUCUGUGUGCUCUUUGGAUUCAAGAAUAUGUCCCAAACUAAUUGGGAAGCCGAUAAAAUGUUGGAUGUGUACAUCCACGAUUAUUUAGUAAAGAGGGACUUAAAGGCUUCUGCUCAGGCUUUUCAAGCUGAAGGAAAGGUAUCCUCUGAUCCUGUUGCUAUUGAUGCACCUGGAGGUUUUCUCUUCGAAUGGUGGUCGGUUUUCUGGGAUAUAUUUAUUGCCCGCACUAAUGAGAAGCAUUCGGAGGUUGCCGCAUCCUACAUUGAGACACAAUUAAUUAAAGUGCGGGAACAGCAGCAACAACAGCAGCAGCAGCAACCCCAACAGCAGCAGCAGCAGCAGCAGCAGCAGCAAAUGCAGAUGCAACAGCUUCUCUUUCAGAGACAUGCUCAGCAACAACAGCAGCAGCAGCAGCAACAACAACAGCAAACACAGCAGCCACAACAGCAGCAGCGAAGGGAUGGGACUCAUCUUCUAAACGGCAAUUCAAAUGGGCUUGUGGGAAAUGAGCCUCUCAUGCGACAGAACUCUGGAACUGCAAAUGCCUUGGCUACUAAGAUGUACGAGGAGAGAUUAAAACAUCCACUGCAGAGGGACUCAAUGGAUGAUGCAGCAAUGAAGCAAAGAUUUGGUGAGAAUGUCGGCCAACUUUUGGAUCCAAACCACGCCUCAAUAUUGAAGCCAGGGGCAACAACGGGCCAACCUUCAGGGCAAGUGUUGCAUGGUACAGCUGGUGGGAUGUCCCCUCAAGUUCAAGCUCGGAACCCACAGUUGCAAGGGUCUGCUCCGGACAUAAAGAAUGAGAUUAAUCCGGUAUUGAAUCCCAGAGCCGCAGUUCCAGAAGGAUCGCUGAUAGGAAUCCCUGGAUCAAAUCAGGGUGGUAACAAUUUAACACUAAAGGGAUGGCCACUCACCGGGCUGGACCAGCUUCGCUCUGGGCUUCUUCAGCAGCAAAAACCGUUUAUACAGGCUCCUCAGCCCUUUCAUCAGCUUCAGAUGUUGACACCACAACACCAGCAACAGCUUAUGCUUGCUCAGCAAAAUUUAACUUCACCAUCUGCUAGCAAUGAAAACGCUAGACUUAGAAUGCUUUUAAAUAAUCGGAAUAUGGGUCUUGGAAAGGACGGCCUUUCCAAUUCUGUUGGUGAUGUGGUUCCUAAUGUUGGAUCUCCCGUACAAGCUGGUGGGCCUCUUUUGCCUCGUGGAGAUACAGAUAUGUUGAUAAAGUUAAAAAUGGCUCAUUUACAUCAACAGCAGCAGCAACAACAACAGAACAAUAAUCCUCAGCAACAACAGCAGCUUCAGCAGCAUGCUCUUUCAAAUCAGCAAUCCCAAAGUUCAAACCACAACCUACAUCAGCAGGAUAAGAUGGGCGGCACCGGAAGUGUCAACAUGGAUGGUAGCAUGUCAAACUCCUUUCGAGGAAAUGAUCAGGUUUCAAAAAACCAGACUGGGAGAAAGAGAAAACAACCAGUGUCAUCUUCAGGCCCUGCCAAUAGCACAGGGACUGCAAACACCGCGGGACCUUCCCCUAGCUCUGCACCAUCAACACCUUCUACCCAUACCCCUGGAGAUGUACAUUCAGUCCCUGCUUUGCCGCACAGUGGCAGCUCUUCCAAGCCACUGAUGAUGUUUGGAAAUGAUGGUCCUGGCACUCUUACAUCACCAUCAAAUCAGUUGUGGGAUGAUAAAGAUCUUGCAUUGCAGGCUGAUAUGGAGCGGUUUGUUGAGGAUGGAUCUCUUGAAGAUAAUGUUGAGUCUUUUUUAUCUCAUGAUGAUACAGAUCCUAGAGAUACUAUUGGUCGCUGUAUGGAUAUGAGCAAAGGGUUUACAUUUACGGAAGUAAAUUCUUUUCGAGCGAGCUCAAGCAAAGUUAUUUGUUGCCAUUUCUCAUCUGAUGGAAAAUUGCUUGCUAGUGGUGGCCAUGAUAAAAAGGCGGUAUUGUGGUACACAGAUUCUUCAAAGCCAAAAACUACUCUUGAAGAGCAUUCGGCACUAAUUACUGAUGUCCGUUUCAGUCCAAGCAUGCCACGACUUGCAACAUCUUCAUUUGACAAAACUGUUAGGGUUUGGGAUGCUGACAAUCCUGGUUAUUCGCUUCGUACAUUCACGGGGCAUUCUGCUUCUGUUAUGUCACUAGAUUUCCACCCAAAUAAGGAUGACCUUAUCUGCUCGUGUGACGGGGAUGGUGAAAUUCGGUACUGGAGUAUUACCAACGGUAGUUGUGCAAGAGUAUUCAAGGGUGGUACGGCCCAUAUGAGAUUUCAACCUCGUCUUGGGAGAUAUCUUGCUGCAGCUGCAGAGAAUGUUGUAUCAAUAUUGGAUGUGGAGACGCAAGCUUGUCGGUAUUCGUUGCAGGGGCAUACUAAGCCAAUUCAUUCAGUGUGCUGGGAUCCGUCUGGUGAAUUCCUGGCAUCUGUUAGUGAGGACUCGGUCAGAGUGUGGACACUUGGAUCAGGGAGUGAAGGGGAAUGUGUUCAUGACUUGAGUUGUAAUGGCAACAAAUUCCACUCUUGUGUGUUCCAUCAUACUUAUCCUUCACUGCUAGUCAUUGGAUGUUACCAGUCGUUGGAGCUAUGGAACAUGACAGAGAACAAGACCAUGACUCUGGCAGCCCAUGAAGGACUGAUAGCCGCACUUGCUGUAUCAACCGUGACAGGUUUGGUUGCUUCGGCUAGCCACGACAAGUUUGUCAAACUGUGGAAGUGAUAUGCUUCCUUCUCCAAAAACCGUAAAAGAUUAGUUUGUUAUUAGUAUUUAUCCGAUGCGUUGUCGUUUCGUCAUUUCAGUCGCACAACCUGCCCUUUUCGGCUCAAUUUCAGGCCCGUCUAACCCAAGUACUAGCUUUGCUUUCCCUGUUCUCUUAUGGAUGUAGGCUUAUGGAUGAUUCAAUUUAUGUUUUGGGUCAAUUAAGUAUGUCUUGAUUAUGUCACCAAAGCCGUUGAUCUUAGCUUAAGCUGGUUUAGUUCCGUAUUUUCUUGUCAGAUUUGGAAAUUCCUCCUACGGAUAAAAUACAAUCAAGGGAACAUUUUCGUUUC